AUGGCUUUUGUUUUUAGGUCUGAAAGAAUACCACUUGCUUCUAAAAGCAAUCCUAGUCUUGGACCUGGAUCUUACAUUGGUCUUUCAACUAAACAGGCAAGACAGCAUAAUGUGCCAUUUAAUGCUUCCUCAAAAAGAAAUACAAAAGCAGCUACAAGCUAUAACCCUGGCCCAGGAGCCUAUAGCAGUUCAAACCAUAUCUACGCAGGAUUUGAUAGAAUCCAACAAGAAUCAGUUUCUCAUAAACAACAAAAAGAAAUGGGAGUUGAUCAAAUUAACGUGCAAGGCUUAAAGCCAACAUCUAAUUUUGCUUCCAAAGUUGAGAGAUUUAAUAAUAAAAAGAAAGAUAAUCAAAAUUUGGGGCCUGGAAGAUACGUACCUGAAGAUAAUUGGGUUAAAAAUACAAAGAAAACUUCUAAAGCCCAUUCUCAGCAAUUUCAGUGGGAACGCCCCCCAAAUGCCCCUUCAAUUCCUUCACAUGAAAGUGUAUUUGGGUACGAAGAAACUAAAUCAGGAAUCUUAAAGAAGCAAAAGAACCCUGAAAAAGUUAUCACCGGCAUUAAAGAGGAUAGGGUUGGACCUGGCCAAUAUGAACUUCCUAACUCAAUAGCUGGCAGCAAGAAAGGAACCAUCCAAUGGAAGAAAACUAAAACAAAAAGGUUCAAAACCAAGAAGCCAAAAGAAAAUAAUGCAGUCGGUCCAGGCCAUUAUCAAGUAGAAAAGACAGAUAUUUUCCCUAUCUAUAAAUAUAUGCAAAGCUCAGUCUUUGCUUCAAAAGUGGAAAGAGCUACAUCUAUGCAAAUAAAGAGGAGGAAAAGAGGAAUCCCUGUUGUUGGGCAUUCCAGACCUAUCACUGCAUAUCAUCAUUUGACAAAACCCAAGAUUGAGCAUUUUGAAGAAGAUUUAAGCAGUGAUGAUGAUAAUGGAGGCCCAGGAUACUACAUCAACCAUGAAAAUCUCUCUUCAUUUAAUAAGAAUAUAGCCCCAAAGAGAAAGCAAUUCUUUGGUUCUACUGUUGCCAGAUUUGAUAGUGAGGGUAAGAAAAAGUCAAAAGUUGGACCAGGAAGUUAUCAUUGAGAGUCCUUGGGAACUGCUAAAACAAGAGCCUCAAGUCAAUAUCGAUCUAGGAAACCCCCCUUCAGCUCUUCAGGAAAUAGAUUUGGCGAAAAGAAAGAUAUAGAAGAGCCAGGACCAGGUUCUUAUACAGUUGGACCAAAGCAACUCGGAACUGAGCAAAGGAGAAUGAUUCCAUCUGCUAAAGACAAAGCAUUUGGAACUACUGAAAAGAGAUUUGUACCCUCAAAAUCAACAGCUACUCCUGGACCUGGACAGUAUAAACCAGAGAACAAUAUAAAGCAGUUAGAUAGCAAAUAAAGAAUCAAAUAAUAAGAAAUCCUCUUCUAUCUUCUUAUCUUCAGUGCCUCGAAAUCCUUAUAAUAUUAAGAAGAAAACUAAAGGUCCCUCUGUUGGAACCUACGAAGUAAAGCAGCAUACUAUAGAAGAAAAUAUAAAGAAAAAGGAAGGAGUUGGAUUUGAAAAUCCACUAUUAGCAAAUUUAAAAGCCAAGACUAAAGUCAAAGUUCCCUUCUCAUCUCAAUCUAAGCGUUUCCAAGAAAAAUUCAAUGAAACAGAUGCCUGGCUAGCCCCUGGAUAUUAUGAAUAUAAAGCAACAUUUGAUGAAAGCAAACCUAAAACUUCUAAAGCUAAAGAUCAAAACUUCCUAAUAUCUGCAGGAAGGUUUGAGGAUCCCAAAGCCCACGAUAGUCCAGGACCAGGUCAUUAUGCUAACGAAGAUCAAGCUUCACACUGGUACAAAAGAAGUUUCAACAUGAUCUUCACAGAAUAACUGAACUACAGCUCUAAAUUCUAAUUCACUCAAU